AUCCAUACUCAUCACACCAUCCAUAACUCGGAUUGCAACAUCUCUACUCGACUCUUAGACCAAUAAACUUAUACCCAAACAACCACAAACAAACAUCAAAAUGGCUCCCUUCGCCACCAUCUACACUUACCCCAACAACGUCCGCGUCCAGCGUGCCCAAGCCGUCGCCAAGCUCAACGGCCUCGAGAUCGUUGAAGACAGCGACUUCCAGCUCGCCAACCCUUCGGACCCCAAGUGGGCCGCCAUCCUCGCCAAGUUCCCCUACGGCAAGGUCCCCGCCCUCUCCACCACCGACGGCUCCCUCAACCUGACCGAGGGCCAGGCCAUCGUGCGCUUCCUCGCCGACUCGGGCCCCAAGUCCGAGCAGCUCCUCGGCCGCACCGCUGUUGACCGUGCCCUGAUCGAGCAGUGGGCCUGCUUCGCCGAGCAGGAGCUCUUGACCAACCUGUACCCUUGCAUGUUGAUGGUGCACAGGCCCGACUUGGUCCCGUACACCCCCGAGGGCUAUGAUGCUUCUGCCAAGAAGUUUGAGCGCGCUGUCAAGCAUGUCGAGAACACCCUGGCCAAGGGUAACGGCAAGUUCCUUGUUGGCGAGGAGGUGACGGUUGCGGAUGUCAUGGUUGCUGGCGCCUUGAUCUUGGCGAGCAAGUUGUUGUUGGAUGCUGAGAUGAAGAAGAGCGCCGCGCCUAGCGUUGAGGGAUACCUCAAGGGUCUGUUGGAGAUUCCCGAGCUCAAGGAGUCGUUUGGCGAGCUGGUUACCGUCCAGGAGCGCCUCCGUGGCAAGACUGAGUAAAAAGUUGAUGACAUUUUGAUGGCAAGGGCAUGAUACCAUAGUUGGAACACUAAAAAAAGUUAAUGAUAAUGGGUUUUAUCGAGUG